UUUGACAGAACGUAUCCUUCGUCUCCUCAUCCUCUUCCCACCAUAAUCGACCUGUCCUUGUCCUGUCUCACUACAUGACGACGACCAUGGAGAACAGAGCCACAGAGCCGCUUCUCGAUGCCGAUCACGACGCUAAGACCGCCAUUACUUCCUUCCAUCAUCCGUCAAACGCUUCCUUCUCUUCCUCCUUCGUUGCAGACGCCGAUGACAUCCCUCCCAUCACCGGUAUCAACGACUUCUUAAUCCAAUUCGGAAUUGAGUCUAGAAAACUCUGGUUUCUCUCCGGUCCAGCUAUCUUCACAUCUGUCUGUCAAUACUCACUCGGCGCCAUCACUCAAACGUUCGCUGGCCAUGUCGGAACUCUCGAACUCGCUGCUGUUUCCGUCGAAAACUCCGUCAUCGCCGGUUUCUCCUUCGGUACCAUGCUUGGAAUGGGGAGCGCAUUGGAGACUUUGUGUGGACAAGCAUAUGGAGCAGGUCAGCUGGAUAUGCUAGGGAUUUACAUGCAGAGAUCGUGGGUUAUACUGCUAGUUGCUGCUCUGUUUUUGAUGUUUAUAUACAUCUUCGCGACGCCAUUGCUCAAGUUGAUCGGACAAACGGAGGAUAUAUCAAACGCGGCGGGGGGAUUGGCGUUAUGGAUGAUUCCGCAACUCUUUGCUUACGCGCUCAACUUCCCGAUCUCUAAGUUUCUGCAAGCACAGAGCAAAAUGAUGGUGAUGGCGUGUAUAUCGGCGGUGGCGUUAGGUCUGCAUACUCUGUUUAGUUGGCUGCUUAUGUUGAAAUUGGGGUGGGGGCUGGCCGGAGGAGCUCUGAUGCUGAACUUGUCUUGGUGGUUCAUCGUAGUAGCUCAGUUGAUCUAUAUUUUCAGUGGGGCAUGUGGUCGAGCAUGGUCCGGGUUUAGUUGGGCUGCCUUCCAUAAUCUGUGGGGAUUUGUUAGGCUAUCUCUCGCCUCUGCUAUUAUGCUUUGCUUGGAAACAUGGUAUUUUAUGGCGUUGGUGCUCUUUGCUGGAUAUAUGAAGAAUGCUGAAGCUGCUGUGGAUGCACUUUCCAUAUGCACAAACAUUGUGGGAUGGGUAGUGAUGGUGGCUAUUGGAUUCAAUGCAUCUAUCAGUGUGCGGGUGUCGAAUGAACUAGGUGCUGCACACCCCAGAACCGCGAAAUUCUCGGUGGUCGUGGUUGUGGUUUCAUCAUUUUUGAUCGGUCUUUUGCUUGCCAUCAUUCUUAUUAUCUUCCGACACCAGUAUCCAAGAUUAUUUGCCGACAGCGCAGAAGUUCAACAUGCCGUUAACAAACUCACUCCUCUGCUAGCAGCGUGCAUCGUGAUUAACAACAUUCAACCCGCACUCUCUGGGGUGGCAAUUGGGGCUGGAUGGCAAGCGUUGGUUGCUUAUGUCAACAUUGCAUGCUACUACAUAUUUGGCAUACCUUUGGGACUUGCUUUGGGUUUUGCAGUGAACUUGGGUAUACAGGGAAUAUGGAUAGGAAUGCUGACUGGAACAGUGGUACAAACUGGGAUCUUGUUCUGGAUGGUUUACGCAACGAAUUGGAACAAAGAGGCCUCCAUGGCUGGAAGGAGAAUUAAAGAGUGGGGAGGGCAUGGAAUGAUUGGGACAGCAGCAGCAAACGACUUCGCUAGAAUAGAUGAAGCAGCUAAGCAAGUAGAAUGACACGACGACGUCGUCGUCUUAUACUCAGUUUGGUGGAUAAUUUCGAGAAACCGUUAGUCAUUCAGCCAGUCGGUCAGUCAGGUACAAUUUAUAAGUUUGAUUCCUUUUUAUUCUAUAAAAAAAUAUGAUGUUGGAAAAAGAAAUAGUAGUAUUGUGUUUCUUGUGUUACUUGGGAGGAGGUUUCAAUUUGUGAAAAGUGGUUCUAUUGUCCAUUUUUAGAUGGUAUCAAGAAUUUCAUUCAUUAUUCUCUCUUUUCUAUAUUUAUCCUUUUAU